AACAAAUAAUUUGAGCCUAUAGUGAAGAUGGCAAACAAACUCUCAGAAGAACAGAUCGCCGAAUUCAGGGAAGCAUUCAGUCUGUUCGACAAAGAUGGCGAUGGAACUAUCACAACAACAGAGUUAGGAACAGUCAUGAAGUCCCUUGGACAGAGCCCUUGUGAAUCAGACUUGCAGGAUAUGAUCAACGAGGUUGACGCAGAUGGUAAUGGAACGAUAGACUUCAAAGAGUUUUUGGAGAUGAUGACCAAACACAUGAAAGAGGCUGACUGCGACCAAGAAUUGCGGGAAGCCUUCAAGGUGUUUGAUAAGGACGGAAACGGAAGGAUCAGCCAGCAGGAGCUGAAACUGGUUAUGAAGAACCUGGGGGAGAACCUGACGGACGAGGAGAUUAACGAGAUGAUAAGGGAAGCUGAUGAUGACGGUGACGGACACGUUGAUUUUGAUGAGUUUGUUAAGAUGAUGCAAACAAAAUGAAGCGGUUGUCACGCUAGUUUUUGUUUGCAAGAUCAGUAUUCUCUUCCAUGGGGUGGAAACACUGCUGGACGUCCUACCUUUAUAUUUAAUGUAGAGACCUCUUACGAGCAUGCUUUACUUAAUAUCAUAGCGAGUUCAACUUCAAUCAGAGCCCCUUUGGUUAGAGUGCAGCUAAAUAUAGAAUUUGUAACCAUGGUUACCAGGCAUAUAGUAUGGAAUUUGUAUAGGUUGAAGUUGAGAUCUCAUGUUGCUAUGUUGUUAAAAUAUGAAACUUUAUUUUUGGGGUAAUCUAGGAAAAAAUGUAGAUAAAUAUGUUUCACCCAAAGUAGUGGUAUUCAUUAGUUUGAAAUUGAAUGUUAUAUAUUAUCUUUGACCUUAAUUCCGCGAAGUAUGACUAGAGCCCACAAAGUUUAGAUAAUUGUUUCAUUGUGCAAUUAUUGCACUACAGAAGUAAAGAAUAUUGAAUCUAUAACCUAUAACGAAAUCUCAGCACUAGAAUCCUUCACAGCUAACAUUUUUAUGACAAUAGACUUUUUUCUUCAAAUUUAGAAACGCAUAUAUAAUAUAGUAUACCAUGGUAACCAUGGUUACCAUGGUUACCACGCAUAUAGUAUGGAAUACUAUAUAUAUACAUACUAUAUUAAUAUAGUAUGGAGUUAGAAGCUUCUUUUAUAUAAGCUUGUAAGGUGAACGUUUUGUUGUCGGAUUUCUGAUUUAAUGAAUUAUGUUCGAGUAUUGUUCUGUAGCAAUAAGUUAUACUAACAUAUUGUGCUCUGUCAAUAUUGUAUAGAACAUAUUUUUAGUAAACGGAAUUAUGAA